AUGUUCGAGAAGCUCAAGGCGAGGCUGCACCGUCUCUGUGAGCAGCUGGACGACUUCGUGGAGAAGGAGAUUGGGAGUCUGUUUGCAGAUGCCGACGUCGACUCGAGCAACGAGAUCUCCACCGAGGAGGCGAACCACCUGGUAGAACAACUCCAGAAGCACAACUUUGAGUUCACGAUAGCCCUGCGAUGCUUCGACACCAAUCGCGAUGGAAAGUUCGACAAGGAGGAAUUCGCGCGCGCACUACGGACCGCCCUGUUUGACCGGCCCGAGAACCUGGAUCUCCUCGUAACGAGCAGCGAGGACAUUGACAAUGUUUUGAAGGAGGCGUGGACCGACGCCUAUGCCAGCACCGACGCUCUGAUCAGCGUGCCAGAUGCCGCGCGGCUCACGAGGGAUGUGCUCGCGGAGCUCGGGCACGCGGACACGGAGGUCGAGAUCCAGAGCGAUAACGGCCUGAGCUCGAAGGACUCGUUUGGCAACGGCGCCGCGAAGGCGGACUUCGCGGCGCAGGUCGGGUCGUUCGACGGGGACGGCGACGGCCGUUUGACACGCGAUGAGUUCUCCAAGAUGUAUACCAGGUUCCUUGCGAAGGUAUAUCUUCUACCCGCCCCGCAGGCGUCCAAGGCCCAGCAGUCGGGAAUAUUCAAAAAGGGAGAUAAGGACAAGAACGCGCAAGGCGUGGCGUCCUUCUAG